AUACAGUGUACCAUUCAAGUAGAGAUGUUUUAGUUACUUGGUUGAAGUUCUCAUAAUUGUAAGUAUAUGAUUGACAGUUCUGUAUGCGUCGUUCUUUAUUUUCAGGGGUACGUUUCUUCAUUUGUUGGCACAUUUUUUUUUCGCGCCGUGUUUGCCGUUUGUGUCUUUCAACCAGUAACGUCAAAUUGAUAAGUUUAGCACAAUGGUUUAAAAAAACUUGAAUUUGUCAGGGUUGUAGGUAGGAAUUUAUCUGAGUAUGUCCCAGGUGAAUGACAAUGAAUGUAGUAAAUAGAAAAAAAGAGAUAAAGACUUUAAAAGAGUAAAUGUGCAUGGGUCAAAAUUGCACACAAUACAUGUACAUGGGAAAAAAUUAUCAAUGAUCAGGCCUUUUAUUCCCGUUUUUUAUCUUGACAGUCCCUGGAGGAUUUUCAACAAUGAAUGAAUUAUUCAUACCCUACAACAAGGUCAAGAAGGCGUCUAUAGUGCAAGAUUACUCUGACAUCCAAUGGCUGAUUUGCCUGACAAGCUGGGCCUUGGCCCCUAGCAUCCACUUCAGUGGUAUUUAAAGUAUUGUACUGUGAGUAAGUUAAAGAUUUGAAAAUGUUAUCAGAAGAUCUACAAGAAUCAGAAACAGAGGAACCACCAGAUUUACACUCAAGUCUUCCAGAGUUAAAAUUAUGGAAAGUGACAAAACUUCAAGAGUGGUUAGAAAAACACAAAUUGAAAAAGUCAGGAUUAAAGGAAGUAUUGGUAAACCGGGUUUAUCGAGCAAUGUCUGGUUACAUGGAUUCAGAUCCAGAUAGCUCAGAUGAGAACUUAGGUGAGGAUUUAAUUCCUGUACAUGAGAUUUCAAAUUGGAAGACACUAGACUUUAGUGACAUUCCAAAUGGUUUGGCCUCAAAAGAUGUAGACGGUUAUUUUCUCUACCAAAAGAACCCUACAACAGGAGCAAGAUUGCACUUUGACCGACAAAUGAAAAAGGCAAAACGACUAUGCAAUGAAGGGUUUAUCAGAGAUAUACUAUAUAGUGAUUUAUCAGACUUUUGCUAUAUCAAGUCCAAGUGUUUACCCUCUAUGAAACAGUCUGUUAGUAUUGGGACAUCUGGCAUGACUGCCAAAUUUUAUAGUUUAAAUGUAUGCCUAGGUAGAAAAUUUGGAAAUAUCUUCAAUGCUAGAUGCAACUGUAAGGCAGGUGGGGCUGGUCUCUGUGCGCAUGUAGGUGCUUUACUGUAUACUUUAGUUAAAACCAAAGAUUCAUGCACAUCAAGUGAGUGUACUUGGGAUCGUCCUAGACCUCUGCAGCGAAAGCCAAGUCCUGCAAGAGUCUGCGAUAUAACUUUUACUAAGACAGAAAAAGAAACACAAACAAAAAAAGUCCGACCAUAUCCUGGAAUAUACCAAGCUGGACCUAUUAAGGAGAUUCAGAAUGAGACUUUUCUAGAUGACAUUUUAAAAGGGUUGGAGAAUGCAUAUCCACAGUGUGUUUUAUAUCAGACACUUAGGUUUGAAAAUGCAAAUAUUGAUCCUUUUUUGGAAUUGUUCUACCCGGACUAUAUGUUUUGUGACUUUGUAAGUCUUACACGUGAUACCUGUGUUAAAGACUUCACACACUUUUUUGACAACCUAAAAGUUACAGAUGCAAUUAGUCAAACCCUUGAAGAGGGAACAAGAGGUCAAAGUGUCAAUACUAAUUGGAUAAAGGCUCGAAAAAACUUAAUAACAGCAUCUGUUAUGGGAGAAGUUUAUAAAAGAAAAAAGCUUGUGCCAGACAAUUUGUUGAAAAAAAUUUGUGGAUAUGUGACUGUUCCAGAUAGGGUCAAGAGCAUAAAGUAUGGACGCAAAUAUGAAUCGGUUGCUGUAAGUCAGUACAUUCAGAAACAUACAAAGGAAUGUGGAAAUACUACAGUCGAGUCUCGUGGACUAUUAGUCAACCCCAAAUAUCCCUUUUUAGGGGCUAGCAUUGAUUCACUGGUCACUUGCAACAAAUGUGGUGUUGGCUUAGUUGAAGUAAAAUGUCCGUAUGGCUCAGACAGUAAAAAGGAACCAUGGAGGAAUAAAACUCCAAUUGAGUGUGCCAAAGAUACCAACUUCUGUUGCAAUGAAGUAGAUGGACAGCUUGAAUUAAAAGACACAAGUAAUUAUAUGUAUCAGGUUCAGGGUCAGUUAGGAGUGUAUGAACUGAACUGGGUAGAUUUUGUAAUUUGGACUAAAAAAGGUAUCAGUGUAGAGAGAAUUAACUUUGAUGAAUCUACAUGGAAUUCUAUGUUGCAAAAGCUCAAAGAAUUUUAUAUUGGUUGUGUUAUACCAGAAAUAUUUACAAGGAGAGUAGAACGGGGGAAACCACUGUAUUAGAAUUUAACUUGUUAACUACCAUUUUGACUAUCAGAAACCUACUUUAAUAUACAUGUAUAUCCAAAAUAGCUGAUAUAAAUAUAAACAGCAAUAAAUGUUCCCUGCUCAUUUAAUUUUCAUAAAAUUUUUACAAAAUAUUAACUUUGACACUUUCAUGACUUUGACAAAAAUAUAAAAAUUUCAAAAAAACUUGAACCACACACUUUAUCAGAAAAAAAUCAUUGAAUAUAUAGCAGUUUGACAAAUAUUAAUUUUGAUCAUUGAGAAGCUUAUAAUUUUUAAUUCCUAGUUAUUAUUCACACAUUUGUCCUUUAGUCUUUUUAAUACUAUCAUGACUAUACGGUAGUUAUCAUGGUUAUAUCAUACCACAAACAAAUUUUUCUAUGACUAUUAUCUCUAAUUUUUUGGCACUUGUAUACAUGUAAAUGAAACAAACAUAAAAACAUCCAAAAACUUUGAUCAUGUUGAUGGCAAUAGUUUAUAGCAUAAAGCAUUAUGGAGUAAUUCUUUUAUUAAAGUAGAAAAGAUGUCAUUGAUGGAUGAGUUGGUGUUUUAUAUUACAUGUAAGUGGCAAAUAUUAUCUUUAUCUAUCAUGCCUAUGGCAUGUACAUGUAUGAUAUUUGCAAGUACUCGACAUGUCACAGUUUACUCAAAUAAUUUGUUUGUAAACAUGAAUUGUUAUUAUAUAUACAUUGUAUUAUUAGUAUGGGGCUAUGACAGAUGUAUAAGUUUUACCAAAAACAUUAUGGGACGAGCCAUUGUUUAAUGUAGUUUCAAUUUUGCUUUAUUUGAUCAAAGCAACUUUCAUUUUCAUGUCGUCGAAAUGAUUAAUUUCUUAUUUUAAUAUAAGUAGCAUUUUCAAAUUUUGGAAAGGCUUCAGAGUUUCAGAAACUAUAUAAUAAUAACCUCUCACUACACAUUUCUUUUAUACUGGACCUAUAUAUAAGACUUUCCAUUGGUAUGUACCAGUUGAUUGUGCAGCAUUGAGACAAAUUAAAGUUCAUCUCGAGCUCUUAUUCAUAUUUUUUAUUUACUUUGGCAAUUUCUUAUUGAGGAUUAUUUUGAUUUUUGAGACUUUUACAUUAUGAUUUUUGAAAUUAAGUUUUUAUGAUUUAGGAGUUUUAACAAUUAUUUUUUUUGACAUUUAAGGAAUAACUGUAAUAUUUUUUCUGUCUAUGAAGAAAUAACAUAAAAAAUGUGGUGCACACUGAAUAACCCACGUAGCGGGUUAUUUUAAAGUGUGCACCACAUAUUUUAUGUUAUUUCGAAUAGACAGAAAAAAUAUUACAGUGAUAAUUAUUUCUUAUAAUUUAAUUCUAAAUUUCAUUUUAAACCGGAGUAAAUCAUGAAAAAACGUCACGGUCACAUGACUAUAUUAUGUCUAUGGGCUGAUAAACAAAACGACGUCAGCCAAUCAGAAGAUGCGUUACAUCCAAAAUCAAAUUAUUGUAAAUUGUAAGAAAUAUUUUUUUCCCCCAUAUUUUUGUACUUAAAUGAGAAUCUUAUUAUUGCUGUAUGACAUUGUUUAUUAAUUGAUUUGUUAUCAUCAUUCAUCAAAGGUGUUAUUGUUAAUUAAAUUAUUUAAACCUU